UUUCUGUUUUUAGCAGAUUCUUGCACGCCAUUUUACCUACAAUGCAGUCCCAUUCACACCUGCUGAUUAAAAGAAAGAUAAAGAAAGAGCACACACAGUGGAAGAAAUAGAGUGUCAUGGUGGAGACAGUGAGUGACCACUGUAAGUGGAUGUAACAACCUACUGCUGUGAGAGAAAUAAAAGCUCUAGUGUGGGUUGGGACAGCUCUUUUUCACUGAAGGGGAAAUAACCCCUGCCUUCUCUGCUCAUGUAAUAUUAAAUAUCACUUCUUCCACUUCUCUCUCUUCCCCUCCUCUUUCUUGUAUGGCAUGUAGAGAGGACAGAAUAUGUGGCAGGAAUCAGAGGUCUCUCCGGUUCCCUUACUCUCUCCAUCGCUCUCUCGCUCUCUUUCCCUGAGUGUGCGAGAGGAGUUUGGGCAGCAGCUACGUCAGCCGUCAGCGAGCAGCUGAGGAGAGCUGUGGAACUCACAUGUGUGUGUAUGCGUGUGUGUGUAUGUGUCUCUCUCAGCUUUCUCUCAUAGUCUCCAGCUCAUACCUCUACUCUCUCUGGAGUCUACGGCUGUGGCACAUCCUGGGGCACUGACACGGCGAACGAAGCACCUCCUCUCACCAUCUGCACACUGCUCCUCAAACAGCAGCAGACCACAGCACAAACCAAGGAGAAAAGAAGGAGAGAGUGGAAGCAAAGGAUGGAAGAGAAGAAGAGAGAGAUGGGAAUCUGAAGGAAAAGUGCGGAGGUAGGAGAGUCUGAUGGACAGAGUAGAAAAAGUAAGUGAAGAAAUAGUAUUGGAAGAAUGACACAGAGAUGAAGUGAGGAACGCAGAGCUGAUAAAGGUGAAACUGAAAAGAGAAAUACUUGUUAUAAAUAGGAACGUAGCUGGGUCCGGGAGAGAAUAUCAACCUCAGAGAAAGAAGAUUUAGGAAAAAAAAUGUUCUAACAGCCACAGCGUGGUAGAAUAUAGCUGGUGAAACGAAAAAGAGCAAAGGCUCAGGGAGAGAUCAGCAGGAGGGAUCAGAGUCAUUUGUAAAGGACAGCCCCGGCCAACCACAUGCCCAUUGAAUUUGUUUGUAAAAUCAAGUUUGCUGAAGGUGAUGAAGCCAAGGGGGCCUCGACAGAAAGAGGCGGAACUGUUAUGCUAGCUGGCCUUCCGCAAAAAGGAGGCAUGGCUGACCUGGCGUCCUUCGCAAGCUCCUCUUCGCUGCAUGGUCUGGCUCGGGUGUUGGGGACCUCAGGGCGCUUGGGCUUCAGACAGACCCUCUGGGGACUGGCACUGUUGGCUUCGCUUGGUCUCUUCCUGUACCAGGCGACACGGAGCACGGCGACUUAUCUAGAGCGACCCCACCUCGCAGCUAUGAGGGAAGAAACCCGCCGGGAGCUCACCUUCCCGGCGGUCACGGUCUGCAACGUCAACCGAUUCCGCUUCUCAGCCCUCACCGACGCGGACAUCUACCACUUGGCGAACCUCACCGGCCUGCCGCCCAAGAGCCGGAAAGGACACCGGCCAAGUGAGCUCCAGUACCCACCGCCAGACAUGCUAGACAUUUUCCAGAGGACUGGCCACCAGCUGGAAGACAUGCUGAAGAGUUGCAACUUCAGUGGGCAGAACUGCUCGAGCGAAGAUUUCAGUGUGGUGUAUACACGGUAUGGGAAAUGUUACACAUUUAAUGGAAACAAGACAUCGCCCAAGCGGGUAAGGCAAGGUGGCACAGGAAACGGACUGGAGCUGAUGCUGGAUAUUCAACAGGACGAGUAUCUGCCAAUCUGGAGAGAAACCAAUGAGACGACACUGGAGGCAGGUAUUCGGGUUCAGAUUCAUAGUCAGAAUGAACCCCCAUACAUCCACCAGCUGGGCUUUGGGGUCUCUCCAGGAUUCCAGACAUUUGUUUCCUGUCAGGAACAGAGGCUAACAUACCUGCCACAGCCAUGGGGGAACUGUCGAGCUUCAUCUGAGCCUGUGAUCCCAGGAUACGACACCUACAGCGUCAGUGCUUGCAGACUGCACUGUGAGAGCACACAGGUGCAGAGAGAGUGCAACUGCAGGAUGGUGCAUAUGCCAGGCAAUGCUGAUAUCUGCACACCCAGUAAAAUCAAGUGUGUUGACAAGGCUUUAGCUUUACUCCAGAAGAGCACAGGUGACUCAUGCCCCUGCGAGACACCCUGUAAUUUGACUCGGUAUGGAAAAGAGCUCUCUAUGGUUAAAAUCCCCAGCAGGGGCUCUGCUCGCUACCUUUCUCGCAAAUACCAGAAAUCGGAGGAAUACAUUAGAGACAACUUUCUCAUCUUGGAUAUUUUCUUUGAGGCCCUUAACUAUGAGACAAUAGAACAGAAGAAAGCCUAUGACAUCGCUGGUCUGUUAGGAGAUAUUGGUGGACAGAUGGGGCUAUUCAUUGGGGCCAGUAUUCUUACUAUACUGGAAAUACUUGACUAUAUCUAUGAGGUGGCCAAAUACAAAAUCAAGCAAUUCCUGAAACCAAAAAAGAGUCAGAAACAACAGAACCAACGGAACUUGAUCCAAGAGCAGAUCCAGAGAACAAAGAACCUGCGAGAGCAGAACCUGAAAGCUCAGCUGGCAGCCGGAACUAUUGCUACAGUCAGAUUUGAAGAAGUCAAAGUCAAGGCAGCUAAUGAAGUGGCUCAACCACACAGUGCACAUCCAACUUCAAUAUUACCAAAUCAUCACAAUGCACAAGCAGUCGUACAGCAGGACUUUGCUUGUUAAGGGACGCCUCUUCUUCUCUGUAUUUAUUUUUCAUAUCACUGUACUUGAAAUUGAGAUCCUGAAUGGACCCUCUAAACUGAAAUACAAAUUUCAUUUUUUUUUCACUUAUAAAAGCUACAGCCAAAGCAAAGCCUAAUCCAGGACCUCAUGUGAAACCGGCUCAAACCAGUCACACCGUCACUGUUCCCAUUGUUCAAGUCAAUACCAGAUGAAGAAACCACACAAUGUGUUUCACAUGUGCUCUUGUAGAUUUUUUUCCCAUCUGGAUGGACCUAUCAUAGAUUUCAAAGAAGAAAGGACCUGAGAGGAUCAGAUUCGGACAGAAUGUUGCAUUUCACAUAAAUUACUUAUUUGACAGGACAAAUAUGAACUAAAUGGAAGUUAUAAGAGACGAAGCAACCAUGUUAGUGCAGAAAAAAAGUUGGUUUCUGCGUGGUUCUUCCUAUGGUAAUGUACAGUGCUUGCGCCAUUUCACCUUUUCGCAUUUCUUAAUAACAUAAUGAAACUUCUCGGUAGAAGAACAGCUUAAAUAUACCACUCGUUUCUCUGUGAGUAGGUGUUAUGUUCUUUUUCAGCCUUAUGUAACUUCUCCAUUGUGCUGUGGUCCUUAUAAUGAAACAGUCUGUCUCUAGGAUUGAAACAUAAAAAACACCACACUAGAGCACACUGUCUGCUUAAAAAUCAUCUUUAGUAAAAAAUAAAUAAAAUACAAUAAAAACACAACUAAUAUUCUUUAAAUGUAUGUAAAAAUGUAGAGGUGAUAUUUAUUUUGUAUUCAAAUACAAACACAUGUCAAUUUUUAGUAACAUUUUGCUGAAUAUCCAUCAUUUCCGUCUCCUCAUAAAUCUAAAAUAAUAAUAAAAUCAGUUUGAAAAGACUAUAGAACACAGUAAUACUGACUACAGAUGAAACAAAACUGUCUAAACCUUAAAACCACGAUGAGUUUUCAGCUUUUUUAUAAUUUCAUGUCUUGAGUUAUGUAUUAGAGACGAGCCAGAUACUUCUUAAUUUCCACAAUUAACCUUGUACAUGAGGACAGUAUUUCAAGUAGGGAAAAAACUGCUUUUACUGCCAUCUAGUGGGCAUAAAACUAAAUCACAAACACCUAUUAUGUUUUAUCAACACCGUUUUGUAUAAACUUGUCAAGGUCAAGUCAUGGUAUCUCAAUAACAGUGGAAAUUUAAGGCUAUAAAGGUUAUAUGGAAUCAUGCAAUUCAGAAAUUACUGUGGAAGUAUUUGGUGAAUAAAAAGGUUUUUUUUUUUAACAAAUUAUCACAUGGGUGUGAUGAUGACUUAUCCAAGUUGUGAGCAAAUAGGUUGUGUAAUCACAUAAUAAUAAUAAUUAUGAAAACGUACUGUCACCUACAUUUACAAAUAGAAUUAGAGCCUCUUAAGCUCUUCGUCUGUAACCAUUUCUGUUAGCAGCUGAAUGGUGCACACUUUAAACAUCUGUAGUGUGGUGCACUAAAUCUAUAAUCUCAUUACAGCAUGUCAGUUCCACUGAGCCCAACACCUGGUACUCUGCUCGAAAACAUCUUUUUGUAAAAAAAAAAAAAAAAAAAAAAUCAAAAAUAAGGAAGGAAAAAAACACAGAAACCACGUAAACAUCAUUUGGACAUUAUAAAUAUUCUUAAAUGUGUGGUUUAUGUGCAAAACAACAAGAAAAAAGUUUUUGUUCAUUUGUUUGUUGAUUGCAUAGCUGAGAAGCAUUUCACUGUGAAGGAGCAGAUUUAAAGGAACAGAACUUUACAUGGACAAUAUAGUUAUGUUGUCCCAGACAGCCACAGCUCACGGGAAAGGGAAGUGUGGGUGGAAUACUGGAAUGUAUUUCUAACAUGGGUGGAUUCAGAAAACUGCAAUAAUGCAAAAUACAUUGUGGAAAUAGCUUUAUACAUUCACCCUUUCUGAACUGUCCAGUAUUGUUGUAAACAUACUUUAUCCUCUCUUCCCUCAGCUGCAGACACAAUAAAAAUGCAAAGCAAAUCCUUCCACUACAAUUACUGAAAAAAACAACAACAAUCUAUUCACGUUCUCUUUCCCAGCUCCAUCACUAGCCCCAAGUAUACUUUGUUUUUACUCAAAUACUUGUAUUUUUGUAGGCAAUAAUUUUUUCCCCUAAAACAAUUUAGCACAAAACCUUCGAAAAGACUUCAUAGAUUGAGUUCAGAAUUUAUAAAUAUAAUGGAUGGAUUACAAUGAAUACAUUUGUAGAAUUGGCUGUGGGUGGGGUUUGUGCUGUUCUUGUUUGGGAAGGGAAACAUGCUAUAUAUACAUAUACAUAUAUAUAUAUAUAUAUAUAUAUAUA